AUGGCUAACAACGUGACCGCUACCAGAGAAACUACAAGGCGUACUCACACUUACAGUUUCCAUCGUGAGGGCAUGACUCAGUUGGGACAGUUGGGUGGAUUGAUUACUGGUCACAAUAAAACAGUGUUCACUGAGAAUUAUGAGAAGCCUGAUUUGGACUACAUUGCCAACGCUCUUUAUUUGAGCAUAGGAGACGUUCAUGGAAAUUGGAAGAAGAAUGGUAACACUCAUGGUUUCUACAUGAGUUUCUUGAUUGAAAAGGCCCAAGAGUCGGCUAACAAAAAGAUGUGGGAAGCCUUCAACGCCCUUCUGGCCGUUCUGAUCUAUGGGAUCGUGAUGUUCCCUAACAUUCACAAGUUCGUUGAUCUGGCCGCUAUAUGUCUUUUUGUUGAUAAGAAUCCGGUCCCUACUUUGCUAGCCGAUACGUACUAUUCCGUUCACUCUCGAUAUGGGAAAGGAGGAGCCAUAAGAAAUUGUUUGCCGUUGUUAUACACCUGGUUUAAGUCCCACCUACCUACAAGUGGUCCUUUCGUUACUUCUACUAAGAAAUGGCCUCAAAGGAUCAUGGGGCUUACCGGAAAUGACAUUGUCUGGUGUCCUACUGGAAUGGACGUGGAGAAAGUUAUAACUAGCUGUGGUACUUUUGACAACGGAACUGAUCCAAAGGGUCUAGAAAAAGUGAGGAGUGCCUGGAAUAGCAUCCAUACAAAUGAUCAGAUUUCUCUAGGUGAAAAGAACGCCGUUGUCAAACAAGCCUACACAGAUUGGGUUGAAGAUAGAGUUAAAGAUCGCCUGUUGCCUUUCCCGAAGGUUAACCCAUUGUACGAGCAACCACCUAAGAUUCCAAUUGCCACUGUGCCUGCGGAGAAUCGUAUCUAG